GAACUGGCAACCCGCGGCUGGCAGACACACACCGACCAUCGUGCGUGAAGCUGCGGGGACCGGAGCUCCUCUUCCCGGCUGCUGUUCCACGAUCUCCCCGAGCCGAGCCGUUCUCUUCUUCUCUGGAGGAACCGACUCUCGCCCGGCCGCUUCGACCAUCAAGAGGCUCGGUGAGGUUCAGCCCGAGGGCAGCUUCCGCCCGUCUCCCUCCGUCUCUCGCCGCUCCUCGUCCGUCUCUCGUCAUGGCGACGUCUCUGAUCGGCCGCCAGCUGGCCCUCCACCUGCAGAAGAACCUGUGGCUGGGCGCUCCAGGCUGCAGGUAUGUCAGUAAGGCUGCAGCCAAGGCCGAGGUGGAGUUCGACUAUGAUGGUCCGUCCAUGAAGACCACCGUGCCGGGACCGCGCUCACAAGCGCUGACCAAGCAGCUGGGAGACAUCCAGAACGUGGGAGCGGUGAACUUCUUCUGUAACUACGAGGAGAGCCGAGGGAACUACCUGGUGGACGUGGACGGAAACCGCAUGCUGGACGUCUACACUCAGAUCUCCUCCAUCCCCAUCGGCUACAACCACCCCGCCCUGCUCAAGCUGAUGACCAACCCCAACAACCUGAGCACUUUUGUGAACAGACCCGCCCUGGGCAUCCUGCCGCCGGAGAACUUUCCAGACAAGCUGACCGAAAGUCUUCUGUCGAUCGCCCCCAGCGGGAUGUCUCGGGUUCAGACCAUGGCCUGCGGCUCCUGCUCCAAUGAGAACGCCUACAAAGCCAUGUUCAUCUGGUACAGGAACAAGGAGCGAGGCCAGAGCGGACCGUCGGCUGAAGACAUUAGCAGCUGCAUGGUCAACCAGGGUCCAGGAUGUCCAGACCUCAGCAUCCUGUCCUUCACCGGAGCUUUCCACGGCAGAACGUUAGGCUGCUUGGCGACGACGCACUCCAAGGUGAUCCACAAGCUGGACGUGCCGUCGUUCGACUGGCCCAUCGCCCCGUUCCCCAGGCUGCAGUACCCGCUGGAGGAGUUCAGCCGGGAGAACGCCCAGGAGGAGGCCCGCUGCCUGGAGGAGGUGGAGGAUCUGAUCGUGAAGUGGCGGCAGAAGGGCAAACCGGUGGCGGGCAUCGUCAUCGAGCCCAUCCAGGCGGAAGGCGGCGACAACCACGCCUCGGCAGACUUCUUCAUCAGGCUCCGGCGCAUCGCCGCCAAGCACGGUUGUGCUUUCCACGUGGACGAAGUCCAGACCGGAGGCGGGUGCACGGGAAAGUUCUGGGCCCAUGAGCACUGGGGCUCCGACGACCCGGCCGACAUCGUGUCCUUCAGCAAGAAGCUGCUGACGGGAGGUUACUACCACAAGGAGGCGCUGCAGGCCGACAAGCCGUACCGUAUCUUCAACACGUGGAUGGGCGACCCGUCCAAGAACCUGUUCCUGUGUGAGGUUCUCAACGUGAUCCGCAGGGAGAACCUUCUGGAGGAGGUGGCCCGCUCGGGGAAGGCCUUGAUCAACGGCCUUUAUGAGCUGCAGGCUCAGUACCCCGGCCUGCUGAGCCGAGCUCGGGGCCAGGGGACGUUCUGCGCCAUCGACGUCCGUGACGACGCCACGCGCGACAAGAUCCUGGUCAAGACGAGAGACAAAGGCGUCAUCCUGGGAGGCUGCGGCGACCGGUCCAUCCGCUUCCGUCCCGCUCUGGUUUUCAAGGAGUACCACGUCCACCUGUUCCUCAACAUCUUCAACGACGUCCUGACUCAGUUCAAAUAGAGCCAGUGAGGAGAUCCCCGUCGAAAUCCAGCAGAUCCGGCCAGCAUCUUUAGUAAAACAGGCUGCUUUUCCCCCCCGAGAAGGCGAGACGCGUCGUCGAAACGCACGGCGAGACGUCCCGGGCGUCUCGCCGUGCGUUUCGACGAGGCGUCUCGCCCCCGAUUCCCCCCCGACAUGUAGCAGUCACCACCUCUAGCUCAGCGUCGGGGUACCUUCGCGGGGAUUUCGGCGCCUUUUAACGGUAGCAGACGCUCGAAGUUUGUUCUCGUCCAGUGAAGGAACGUUUCCGUCCAGCUCUCGUGAGUUUCUCUGAAAAUCUGAACCGUAGUGUGGGUGGGGGGAGGGCUGCCUUUUCCCAGCAUGAUUUUUUUUUUUCCUUUCAGCUUUUUGGAGACGAAAAUGAGAAGCGUAGGGUUAAAAAAAAAAAAAAAAACUCUUAUUUUAUUAAAGCACACAUUUUUACAACAGAAUUUAUGGUGAUUGUAAUAAAGAGGAAUUAUUAAAGCAGAUCUAGCGCUAAACUGUACGACUGUCGAUAGCUGUGUGAAAAAGACUUACCCAGAGGAGAGUUUAGCUUUGUAUUAAUGCCCACGCCAUGUGGAAUAACGCUAGCUGUCAGCGCGCACACGUGUCUGAGAUCGACGGUUUUGGGGGGGGGGGAAUAAAGCGGGUGUGUAAAUACUCCGGCGGCGGCGGUGUUGGCGGUCCUGACGCUCGCGCCCCACCUCCUCAGCUUGCAUGUGCUUUACUGCUGUCCAUGUUGAUGCUAAUGACUGUUGUGUUUCUCUCUUCAUGCCUGGAAAGAAAAAAGAAAAAAAAAAAGCCGUAGCCCAGAGCAAUGUGAACUCUAAAAUGGACCAUGACAAUGUUAGAGAUGAUUAGUGCCUGCAUGUUAAAUGUGCUAAUGCUCCUUGUUCUUGGCUGGAAAACAGCGGCGGCGCCCAUCUGUGACCACGAACUCCAAAAAGGUUUCAAUACGAGCUCUCCACUCUCCGUCUGAACUCCUCAGAAACAGCGCAGCGCUCAUUCUCAUCCGUCAGUCCUCAUUUAUUCCUGCAUCCUCAUUCAAAUCCGCCUCAUCACAACAUUCCGCUCUGCACAUUAGAACGCAAUAAACUUUUGUUCCAGAUUUAACACGUGAUAAUGCAAUGACGUUGCAUCGCACUGUAAAUGUCCUGUAACAUUGUGAGAUGAGACUAUAAAUAAAGUUUUAUGCUGUUUUAGGAAAGCUGUAUCGCGCCAUAACGUAAUAAAGUUUUGUUAUAAUGCAA